AUGCCUCCACGAGAGCCUACCUUCGCAUCAAAGUACUCACAUAGACUUCCAGCUUCCUAUCUCGACAGUCUCAGAAACAAUCGGCCCGCGAGACCAACCGGUUCAAGACCUGCGCCAUUCUCACCCAGAAAUUAUGGCUCCUCAACGUCCCAAUCUUCGCUGGCGCGCUCCGACUCAGCUCCAACUACCGGCUCAAAGCAUGGAGAUAUUCUAGAUGAUUGCGGAGACGAGCCUCCAACUGUACAAAAGUCCUUUUCUUUCUCUUCUACCUCCAAAGGCCGACCUCUUGCUCAACCUCCGGACAAUGACCGACCAAUCUUGAACGGAAGGAAAGUUUCCCCGACUGCUAUUGUCCAAGUCCCCACAAUUGCACACGAAGGAGGAUAUGUCGAAUCUACUACGCGUAGGUUGGAAAAAGAGGAGGCACAUAGUAUACGGGAAGCGUUGGAGCGCAUCGACCAAAAAGAUGAAGAACGAAGGAUUUACGAGGCCGCCAAAGACGAGGCUGCUGAAUUGGUCUGGAAGCACCAAUACCCCAAAGCUGCAGAAGAGGAAAAGGUAGCUCCAUAUCGAAACCCGGACCUGAAGGCUAGAGAGAAGCGGCAGAGUAGUGGACACCGUCAGGUCAGUGGUUCCAGGAAAGUCUCCUUUCCAACUCCGGACAACAAGAUAUACGAAGAACCAGAACCCGAGGAGGAAAUCUCAAGAGUAUCCAUUCCGCCUCCGAGUGUCGACCUUCCUCUGAGGGCAAAGUCACGCAACAAACUCCCUUGGCUGAGAACGAAAGGUCCUGAAAAGGCAGAUGAUCCAGCCCAGGUUCCCCAGGGUAAGAAGUUCGACCGUUUCGAGAUUCACAGAAAUCCACCAACCCAGUCCCGUAAAGCCGAGUACACGGAGAACACACCACCGCGGACACCGGCCGUCGAUGUGAUUGAGGAAGUUGACACACCCAAUUCCACCGGCACUUUGGAGAUUCGCAGUGAAGAAAUUCGAGCAGCUACAAGUAUGAAGAGGAAAGACCGGAGUCCUAAUCUUCCCACGCCUACCGCCGUCAGUGAUCAACUUGGUCGACCUAUUGUCAGCUUCAAUCCGACAUGGAAACGUCCUAGUGACUCACCGAGGACAAGCGAGGACGUCGAAAGACCGGUCGUGAAGCUGACAGAGUCACCUGCAAUGCGACCGUUGCCGAAGCCAUUUACCACCGUACCAGAAGUCUCGGUAUCUGCUCCAGUCAUACCUACGAUCAAUAUCCCAGAUGACGGGCCAGUGAUCCCAGUCAUCAAUGUCCAGGAAGACGACGUCUCUCCCACAAUCCCGAUAAUCAAUCUCCCAAAUCAAUCACAUGGUGCUCCGAAACCUUCCAGACCUUUACCAAAGCACUCAUCAUCUGCACCGACGAAAUCCGGCAGCACCGUGGUUAAAACACCAUCACAGCGUCUUCCUUGGCUUUCAUCUCGACAAUCCAUGCCCACUGUGUCUUGUUCGAGCUGUGCGCUCCCCAUUUCUGGUCGCAUCGUGACAGCCUCGGGUUCCAAUUCCCGCGAUCUUAAGGCGCGCUUCCACCCCGAAUGCUUCACUUGUCACCACUGUGCGACCCCCCUUGAAUGUGUGUCCUUCUACCCGGAGCCAGACUCGUCGCGCCUCUCCCGUCUCGGCAUCUCCUCCACAUCCGACGCGGAUCCCGCCAACCCUCCAGCUCUCACGCCAGAUCAACUUACACUUCUCGAGAAAGACCCCUUGAGAUUCUUCUGCCACCUCGACUUCCACGAGUUCUUCUCCCCGCGCUGCCGAAGCUGCAAAACCCCCAUUGAAGGAGAAAUCGUGAUUGCGUGCGGCCAAAGUUAUCACGUCGACCACUUUUUCUGUGCCGAAUGCGGAGAUCCGUUCUCGUCUAGCACACCCUUCGUGGAAGGCAAUGACGGAUAUGCCUAUUGUGUGCGGUGCCACACGAAACGCACGUCCGCCCGGUGCCGUGGCUGCAAACUCGCCAUCCUGGACGAGAUCACGGUCGAGGCAUUGGGCGGCAAGUGGCAUGGAGACUGUUUCGUGUGCUACGAAUGUAGUGGUGGAUUCGGCGACGAAGGGAGGUUCUUCGUCAGAGAAGUGCAUGUCGAGCCCACGGACAAGGAGAAGAGGAAGGGCGUUAUGAGGAAAGUGGAGGAACGCGCCGUUUGCGGCGGGUGCGAAGAGAGGAGGUUGAAGGCUUGA